AUGGAGCUACUGAACGGGACCACAGUGGAGGAAUUCGUUCUGCAGGGCUUCAAAAUUGGGCAGGAGGGAUGCUUGCUUCUUCUCAUUUUCUUCACGGCUGUCUACAUGCUCACUCUGGCUGAGAACGUCUUCAUCAUCAUGCUGGUAGUUCAAGAUGCCCAUUUGCCCCGUCUUCCCAUGUACAUCCUACUGAGUAACUUCUCUUGGCUGGAGAUAUGUUACGUGAAUGCCACUGUACCACGGAUGCUCUUUGACUUGGCCUUUCCAGGUGGGCUCAUCUCCUUCCAUGCCUGCUUCCUCCAGUUUUACUUCUUCUUUUCCCUCGGCAUUACUGAAUGCUUCUUCCUUGGUGCCAUGGCUUUGGAUCGGUACUUGGCCAUUUGCCACCCACUGCAAUACCCACAAAUUAUGUCCCCAAAUUCAUGCUAUGCCCUAGUGGCUGCUUGCUGGAUCCUUGGUUUCCUAUGGUUCAUUGCACCAGUGGCUUUGAUCUCCAACUUGACCUUCUGUGGCUCCCGGACAAUUGAUCAUUUUGUGUGUGACCCCGGUCCAAUUUUAGCCCUCGCUUGCCCUCCAGUGGGGUAUACCCCACUCCUCUGCCAGAUCUUCAUAGCCUCGGUGGUUCUGGGCACUUUUAUCUUCACUCUGAUUUCUUAUGCAUGUGUAGGUGCUACUCUUGUGAAAACCUCUAGCAGCCGUAUCAAAGGGUUCUCCACGGUUUGUUCUCACCUAGCAGUUGUGAUGCUUUUCUAUGGUUCUGUCGUGGCUAUGUACGUAGGACCCAGUAGAGAAAGCCAGGCUGCAAUCACAAAAGUGGUGACUCUCUUCUACUCUGCCGUUACUCCUCUGCUUAACCCCCUGAUUUACUGUCUCAGGAAUGAUCAGGUGAAGCAAGCAUUACUCAGGUUCCUGAGAAGGAAGAGGGUGAUGUAG